CUAAAAAAAACUACUGCCUCUCGUAUUAAAAGUAAAAGCAUAGAUAAUGAUGAUCAAGAUUCAGAAGAUACUUUGUCAAUUUUGAAAAAACCAAAAACUUCAAGUAAUCAAUCUCAAAUAACAAUAAAUUCUUAUUUUACUCAUCCUUUAUCUAAAGAUAAUAUUGAUAUAAUUCAUGAAUCGAAUUCUUUUAAAAAUUAUAAUUCUUUAAAGUUUUGUAAAGAUUUAACAUUAAUUUUUGAUAGCUGGACAACUAUUUCAAAUAGUUCUGUUUAUAUAUUUUUUGCUAUAACUAGUUAUAGUAAUAUUCAUAUAUUGGGUUUAAAAGAAUUUGAAGAUCAAUGUCAUACAAGUGAAAAUAUUGCAAAUAUAACUAUAGAGGCAAUUAAUAAAAUUGGAUUAAAUAUAGAACAAUUUAGUUGGAUUGUAACUGAUAGCCCAAAUCAGAAGCAGAGAGAUGGUUUUCAAUUCUUGGAUAAUGAAAUAGAUUCAGAAGAAAUUUAUAAUAUCGAUGAUUGGGAUGAUAAUAUUAAUAAUACUUUAACUUCUAUAGAAUUAAAAGAUGAAUUAGAGAUAUUUUUUGAAGAAAAACAAGCAAAACUUGAAGAUAUUACAAAUUUAACACCAAAGUUUAUAAUUGAACAAUUGGUUGAUAUUAAUGAUCCUAUUUUUUAUAAUCAAACUGUAUUAAAUAAUUUUAUAGAUAAAAGUUUGGUUAUAGAUGAAAAUAAUGAUAGUGAUUAG